GGUAUGGUUGAAAACUCGCAGUCCAUCGCGCCGAGCAGAAGAGGAGCAGCACAACUAAAUGUGACUUAUCAGAGCAUCAUCAUCAUCACAUCUGCGCCUCCGGGAGACAAAGACACGAGACGAACUGUAAAGAAGCAAACUACGCGAUCCCAGCCUCCCGGAGUGAUAUGAUAUCACAAUUAUUAUUAUAUCUCUCGACGUGACGACUGUUUGUCUGCCUCAAAUGUUUCCAACCCACUGAGACCGGGGGGGAUUUAUUCCUUCUUUUGUUCUUAGCUUUUUUUAUUGACUAUAAAUAAAAGCAGCCAAAACGAAUAAAUACGGGUCAUUAUGGUUUUGUUAACACUGCAUAACAGAAGAGGGCUGAAUUGCUUGUGCGCGCAGUUCUUGCUGUGGAUUUUAUGUGCUGUGGACGGAGAGGAGCAGCAAUUCAGUGUGGAGGAUUGGCUGCAGAGGUAUGGCUACCUCCCUCCUACAGACCCCAGAAUGUCCAUCCUGCGGUCAGAACAGACCAUGCAGUCUGCUAUUGCUGCCAUGCAGCGUCUCUACGGCCUUAAAGUCACCGGUGAACUGGAUAAGAACACCAUCGAUGAUAUCACCAUAAGCUGGAUGAAGAGGCCACGGUGUGGAGUCCCAGACCAGUUUGGCAGACCCUCGAAAUUUAGCGUUCGAAACAGACGUUACGCCCUCACAGGACAGAAAUGGCUACACAGACAGAUCACAUACAGCAUAAAAAACAUCACGCCUAAAGUGGGCGCAGAAGAGACCCACAAUGCCAUCCGGCGGGCGUUUGACGUGUGGCAGAACGUGACGCCCCUGCGUUUCGAGGCAGUGCCAUACAGCGACCUGGAGCGCAGCAAGAAAGAUGUGGAUAUUACUAUCAUUUUCGCCUCAGGUUUUCACGGCGACAGCUCCCCUUUUGAUGGAGAAGGGGGUUUUCUUGCACAUGCCUACUUCCCCGGUCCAGGGAUUGGAGGAGACACACACUUUGAUUCAGAUGAGCCCUGGACUCUGGGGAACCCCAACCAUGACGGAAACGACCUCUUUCUGGUGGCGGUACAUGAGCUGGGUCACGCACUGGGACUGGAGCACUCAAACGACCCCACCGCCAUCAUGGCCCCCUUCUACCAGUACAUGGACACAGAGAACUUCAGACUGCCACACGACGAUCUACAGGGUAUACAGAAGAUCUACGGACCUCCAGAUAAACUUCCUCAGCCCACGAGGCCUUCACCGACAGUCCCACCAGCCCGCUCACACCCUCCCGUAGAUCCACGAAAAAACGACAGGCAGUCACGCCCGCCGCGAAUACCCACGGGCGACAAACCAACACACCCCAACGCCAAACCUGACAUAUGUGACGGCGGCUUCAACACACUCGCCAUACUCAGGAGAGAGAUGUUCGUCUUCAAGGACCACUGGUUUUGGAGGGUGAGAGAUAAUGCUGUGAUGCCCGGCUACCCGAUGCUCAUCAAUGUCUUCUGGAGGGGUUUGCCGCCCAAGAUUGAUGCCGUCUAUGAAAACAGCAAGGGAAAAUUUGUGUUCUUUAAAGGGAAGCAGUUCUGGGUGUUCAAGGACACAAUGCUCCUGCCCGGAUACCCGCAGAACAUCACAAUGUUUGGGAACGGCAUGCCGGAGCAGAGUAUAGAGAUGGCCGUCUGGUGGGAGGACGUGGCCAAGACCUACUUCUUCAAAGGAGACAGGUAUUGGAGAUAUAAUGAGGACAUGAGAACGAUGGAUCCCGGUUAUCCCAAGUCCAUCACAGUGUGGAAAGGCGUCCCAGAUUCUCCACAGGGAGCGUUUGUGGAUAAAGCUAACGGUUUCACAUACUUCUACAAGGGCAAGGAGUACUGGAAGUUCAACAACCACAGGCUGCGUGUGGAGCCGGGUUACCCUCGCUCCAUCCUCAAAGACUUCAUGGGCUGCGACCUCAAGCCCAUCGACCCAGACUUGCACGCCACCGAGGACAAGGACGUGGUCAUCAAAUUGGACAACGAAACCAGCACGGUCAAAGCCAUCGCCAUCGUCAUCCCCUGCGUGCUGGCGCUGUGUCUGCUGGUGCUGAUCUACACCGUCUUUCAGUUUAAGCGGAAGGGGACGCCUCGACACAUACUGUACUGCAAACGCUCCAUGCAGGAGUGGGUGUGAAGCGGACCACCACUGGAGGAUAUAUGGUGGAGGAAACACCCCCCCAAAAAACCUGCAAGACAGAAAGAGUCUUUGCUUUGAUUCCCCUCUCAAGGAGACGAGGGGUGCGUUUAUGCUCCAACAACCCCACCCAAAAAACAACAGGACAUCCAGGAGGCUCGCGAGUGCAUUCAGUGCCACUGUCCAACGUGGAAAUUGACGAUUGCUAUAACUUUAGGUUUUUACGAGUGCACGCUGAAGAUUCAAAAAAGGAAAAGAAAAAAAAUUGUUGGUUUUUUUGGGCUCCGGUCUAUUUAUUUUUUACGCGAACCGAAAAUAUGUCCCUUUAAAAAAAAAAAAAACGCUCCCAAAACCAAAUAAAAGACUCUCUCCAAAGAGGAUCGUACUCUCUUUUGACGCUUUCGUCACUUGUUUUGUUUCGUUUUCUCCUAUCUUACGUUUUUUGACUGUUGUGGCAGUCUGUCUCAAAAACAGGGGCCAAAAUAUUUUGCAAUAUUUUUUAACAGCCUUAAUUACGGAUUGUGUCGUUUAAGUCGUUCGUUUUAUUUUCGAGCAUCGCUUCAUAUUUUUCGUCUGAUGGAAAGGCAGUGCAAUAUUGCUUUGAGAUUGAAGAUUGGUGGUUAACCUCAGCCUAAACUGAAGCAUAUCAAACAGAGGGAAGACCAAGCCACUGCAAUGAAGAAUCACUUCUUUUUUUCUGAAUCCCUUUUGAUGGUUGAACUGCUUGAACCAUAGCGCUCGCUUGUUCGGAUCUGAGAGUUUGUUUGUUUCUUUUUUUAAACCGAAAGAUUCGAGACAUGAGCAUGUCAUCUCCUUCGGACUCUGCCUUGUUUUUAAGGUCUGAAUGGGAUCCUAAAAUCUUGACGUUUGAACCCGAACCACCAGAGCAACUCAGGACAGCGCUUGAUUCUAAGUGUAUGCAAGCCUUUACAUCCAGUCCUGUGUCUUUAUUAUCAACCAAGAAGAAAAUCGAGGAUUUAUCAUGUAACGUUUCACCGUUUCGCUUGUGAUUAGAGUUUCUGCAACGGGACGAUUUUUUAAUGUUUAUUUUUGGAACUCUUAGUUUUGGUUCUUGUGUUCUCUCGCAGUCUCUGAGUCAACUCUUCGCAUUGAACGGAUGUUUGAACAUAUACUUAUUUGCUUGCAUUAACAUUUUUUCAAACGUUUAAGGUUGUUUUUUCGGUACAUUUGAACAAAUCGAAUGGUCUCAACCUCAAUUUAAAGUGGUACUCACGGCACGUUUCCUUUAGAUGUGAAAAAGCGGUCUAAAGGAAAUCAUGUGUGUUUCUGGCAAGCAGUGUUUGAAUGUGUGUCUAUUGAUGCUAGAUUUUUCUUUUUCAUUGUUUUACGGAAAAAAAAAGGAAAAAUAUGAGACAUUCUUCAAAUUCAUGUACUUCAUGACUCGGUUUGGGACGAACUGUCCUGACAGAUUUAAUAAAUUAAUCAGUAUAUGAUUAAAAAUGCCUUUCAGCGCUUUGUUCACACUUAUUUACUCUUUCUGUGAAAAUAUAACAACCACUUUUUCAGCUAACCCCUGAAAACAUGGUAAUACCAUAGUGUUUUGGUGUUAGUACCAAAUUAUAUAUCAAAGCACUAUGGUGUUACCAUGGUACUGUCGCAGAACUUCCUUUCUUUCACUUACAAAAACGUACCGUGGUAAUUCUGUGGCACUGAACAUGGUAGGUUUGGACAUUUUACCAUCGAAUUUGAUUAUAGUAGCAGGACAUUUUAACAUGUUUUAAUACUGUGGUAAUUUGAACAAUUUACCAUGAAAAUGCUAUAGUAUUUUGAACAGUUUAUCAUUGUACUACUAUGCUAUUUUUACUGUAAAAUUACUAUGGAAUUUUUAUAAUAGUGCUGUGGUAUUUUCAAUUUACCAUAAUAAUACUAUGGUAUACUUAACAUUUUACUAUGCUACUACUAUAGUGUUUUGGACACUUUAUCAUUGAACCACUAUGCUAAUUCAAAAUUUAACUGUAACAUUACUGCAAUAUUUUGGAAAUCUGGACAUGGUACUACUAUGCAACUAUUUAAAUUUGACCAUAAUACUAUGGUAUUUUGGA